AAGCGGAAGUGAUCACUUCUUGAUUUUGGUUGCAGCUGUUGCGAGCUGCUGUGAUGGACCAGAACAUGAUGUAGAAACUGAAAUAUAGCGGUCUUUUCGAGCUUCUUUUUAAUAACAAGCCACUUUUAUGAGUAGAUAAAGUGUCAGACGGAGCCGACGAGAUGCUUUUGGCGGCGUGCUUGUUUUUCUGGGUGUUUUUGUCGGUCGGAGCAGAUAAGACUGGAGGGGAUGACGACUGGGUUCAUCUUGCUAACAAAUGUGAAGUCUGUAAGUUUGUCAGCAUUGAGAUGAAGUCGGCGUUCCAUGACGGGAAGACCAAGGAAGUCAUCGACACAAACUACAACUUCAUAGACGGCAAGGGGGCGCCGCCAGUCAAAUACGUCAAGUCAGACCUCAGAUUCAUCGAGGUUGUAGAAAAUGUGUGUCAGAGGCUGUUGGAGUACAAUCUACACAAGGAGAGGAGUGGAAGUAACCGCUUUGCCAAGGGCAUGUCCGAGACCUUUUCCACGCUCCAUGGUUUGGUGAAUAAAGGCGUGAACGUGGUGAUGGACAUUCCCUACGAGCUGUGGAACGAGACGUCAGCAGAAGUGGCCGACCUUAAAAAACAGUGUGACGUGAUGAUAGAGGAGUAUGAGGACGUGAUUGAGGACUGGUACAAAGGAAGCCAGGACGAAGACCUGACCAAGGUUUUGUGUGAGAAGCACGUUCUGAAAGGACAAGACACAGCCUGUCUGGCCGAGAACUGGACUGCAAAGAAGAAGGGAGACACGGCAGCCAUUGCGGAGGACAAGAAAAAGAAGAAGAAGAAAGGGAGGGAAGAAAGGAGAGGGAGGAGACGGCAGCUCGGAGGAAGAAAAGGCGACCAAAAAGAAGAAGAAGGAGAAGAAGGUGAAGAAGAAGAAAAAGAGCAAAGCUCCAGUGGAGAAGACGGGUGGAGGCGUGUCAUCGGACGAGGAGGUCCAGCCACAGAUGCCUCUGUCUGGCCAGAAGACAGAGCUGUGAGCCCUGGGUCCUGGUGUCUGGAUCUGGAUCUGCAUCAGCUCUCCCAUUCAAAACUAAACGCUUAGGAAAAGCGGUCUGCAGCGUCUCCAAACGUCUUUGUCAAACUGAGGUCCAAGUCGCUGGUUUUGCUUAACGAGAUCUUGUACUGUUACGCGGUUUUAAAGUUUUUAUUACAGUUUCUGAC